AUGAAGCCCGAAUCAUGUAAUGGAGCCGCGCCUUGGCAUCCCGCCAAAAGAAGCUGCGUCGGCCGGCUGACAACCCUCGAGAUAUUCCUCUGCGUGCUAUUAUUCUUAAUCUGUACUUCUCUUUUUUCUGUGUUAUUUCUCUGGUUAUGGGUACUUGACGGAUACAAAACAUUCAGUGAAGGACGGCCUUUAUAUCCGGCCGCGUUCGAAAACUCAUCGGUGGCCGUUGAUCGUUCGGCGAAAAAUCAUAACGACGUUGUAUGCACAUCUCAGGAGUGUGUACGACUAGCCGGAUUUCUUGCGGAGAAUCUUAAUCCAAAGAUAAACCCUUGUGAAGACUUCUACGAGUUUGCGUGCGGCAAUUAUGGCCUCAAUCGGAAUUUGCCGGCCAACAAACCCCUUCGGCAUACGAUUAGCGAUGUUCAGUCACGAUUGAAUAAACAGGUCAAAUCAAUGUUACAGGCGCCUAUAACUCCUGAUGAAAAACCAUGGGAUAAAUUAGCAAAAGGCUACUAUCAAAAAUGUUUGGACGAGGAUGAGCUUGAAUCUACUGGAAUCACCGCGAUGAUUGAUAUUUCAAAACGAAUUGGUGGCUGGCCGACGUUAGAAGGUGACAAAUGGAUCGAAUGGGAGCAUUCUUGGGAAGAGCAGCUCGCUCUCGUCCUGAAUCGGACAGGCGUGAACGCGGUGAUUCUCGAAAUGGCUGUCACGCAUGAUCCAUCGAAUAGUAGUCGAAGUAUCAUCGAGCUCGACCAACCGAAAUGGGGUGCCGGCUCGCGAUAUCCGUAUCUCAGCGGUGUCGACGAUCCGAUGAUCAAGAACUACACGACACUUAUGAAAAUGACGGCGAUCGCGCUUGGCGCCGAUCCGACGCGCGCCGAAAAAGAGAUGAACGAGGCGAUGGAGUUUGAGUUGAAGCUUGUGAACUUCUCAGCGGAUGAUAUGAUCCGACGCGAUCCCGAACGAGGCAAUAAUCGAUAUCAGCUGUGGCAACUCAAAUCGCUAUUCCCAUUUAUUGAUUUCGAGAAGUAUAUUCACACCGUUUUCAAGGAUCUUGUCGAAAUCACCGGAAAUCAUACGGUCAUUGUUCGCGAAAUCGACUAUUUCAACGGGAUUCAACAUGUUCUCCAAACGACACCCAAACGAGUGCUCGCCAAUUACAUCGCAUGGCGAUUGGUUCAAGGUGGGCCGACGGGCGAACUCUUCAGCUUCUCACCAUUUCUGCCGCCAACGAUUCGCGAGCCGUUUUAUCAAUUCAAAGCCAAUCAGACGGGAAUGUUCAAUAGUCCGCCACCAGAUAGAUGGGAAGAUUGUGUAACACUUUCCGUUAUUAUGAUGGAUAUGCCGGUUGGGCGACUUUUUGUCGAGAAUUUUUUCGAAAAAGAGCGAGCAAUGAAGAAGAUGACGGAGCUCACAUCGUAUCUGAAAAAUGAGUUUAUAAAGCAGCUUCACGUGCUUGAUUGGAUGGACGAGGUGACGCGAAAACGGGCGAUUUCAAAGGCGAACAUGAUCGAGUACAAAAGCGGAUUCCCGUUGGUAUUAUUCAACGACACAUGGAUGGAGAAGAAUUGGGGAAUGGAGAUCUACCCGCACGAAUAUCUCCUCCAGCUCACAAUUCGCGUGAAGCUCGUCCGAUUCACUGAGGAGCUCCUACGAUUGGAUCAGCCAUUGGAUCGUUCGAUGUGGUUUCAGAGUCCGGCGCAAGUCGACGCCUAUUAUGCGCCGAACAACAACGAAAUGAUAUUCCCGGCUGGCAUAAUGCAAUUCCCAUUUCUAACGCUAGGCGUUCCGAACUAUAUAACGUAUGGUAUGGUGGGAGCGGUUAUCGGACACGAAGUGUCCCAUGCGUUCGAUGAUCAAGGCGGACAAUACGAUGAGCUCGGAAAUCUCAAUGAUUGGUGGGAUGCGGAAACUGAGGAGAAGUUUAUUGAGAAAACCAGAUGUUUCGUGCGACAAUACGAGAAUGUUCAUGUCGCCGAAGCUGACAUUCAUCUCAACGGCCAAUUGAGUUUGGGAGAAAAUAUUGCUGAUAAUGGUGGUGUCAAGACAGCGUUUAAUGCUUACAAGGCAUGGAAAUCCAAUACCACCGCUAAUGAGCCGGCACUUCCAGGAUUCCAAAACUUUACUAGUCAUCAAAUGUUCUUCCUGGCAUAUGCUAAUAACUGGUGCUCCGUUGUCCGACCAAAACACUAUAUUCAGAUAAUCCUUACCGACGUGCACGCCCCUUCAAAGUACCGCGCAAUGAUCCCAUUGCAAAAUCGUCCCGAAUUUGCGAAAGCUUUUCAAUGCCCACUUGGCUCGCCGAUGAAUCCGGAAAAGAAGUGCCAAGUUUGGUGA